CGCCGGGGGUCGCGCCGCCUGCCGCUCGCCACGCUGUCCCGGCCGCAAGCCCGCGCCCUCCGCCCAGUUUCUACAGGCGUGUGGGUUCCUGUCCCGCCGCUGCGUUCCCUCCCCGAGCUCACGGCGGUGAGACACCCUUUUCAAAUCUGCGUGGAUUUGCCUCAAGAGCCGCGGAGUCUUGUGGUAUCUAGUUAACUGAUUCAACCAACGGACCCUCUGUGUGUCAGAAACUGCAAGGAGUUGCUAGCCCAGUGGGGCAGGCGGACUGGAAGACCAGGAGAGUCCAGGCCCACGGCAGUGUGACACUGCCUUCUGUGACCAUGAAAUUCUGGAUGUCCACGUUGCUGGUGGCAUGGUUUGGUGUCCUGGGCUGCGUGCGGGCUGAAUUCUUCACUUCUAUUGGGCACAUGACGGACCUGAUUUAUGCAGAGAAGGACCUGGUGCAGUCCCUGAAGGAGUACAUCCUAGUGGAGGAAGCCAAGCUCUCCAAGAUUAAGAGCUGGGCCAACAAAAUGGAAGCCCUGACCAGCAAGUCGGCUGCUGACCCUGAGGGCUACCUGGCCCACCCUGUGAAUGCCUAUAAACUGGUGAAGCGGCUGAACACAGACUGGCCUGCGCUGGAGGACCUUGUCCUGCAAGACUCGGCUGCAGGUUUUAUUGCUAACCUGUCAGUGCAGCGACAGUUCUUUCCCACUGAGGAGGAUGAAACAGGAGCCGCGAAGGCCUUGAUGAGGCUUCAGGACACAUACAAACUGGACCCAGACACGAUUUCCAAAGGGGAACUUCCAGGAACCAAGUACCAGGCAGUUCUGAGUGUGGAUGACUGCUUUGGGAUGGGCCGCUCAGCCUACAAUGAAGGGGACUAUUAUCACACAGUGCUGUGGAUGGAGCAGGUGCUAAAGCAGCUCGACGCUGGGGAGGAGGCCACCACAUCCAAGGCCCAGGUGCUGGACUACCUGAGCUAUGCCGUCUUCCAGUUGGGCGACCUUCACCGUGCCCUGGAGCUCACCCGCCGUCUGCUCUCCCUUGACCCGAGCCAUGAACGAGCUGGAGGGAAUCUGCGGUACUUUGAACGGUUGUUGGAGGAAGAAAGAGAAAAAAUGUUAUCAAAUCACACAGCUGUACUAGCAACCCAGGAAGGCAUCUAUGAGAGGCCUGUGGACUACCUGCCCGAGAGGGAUGUCUACGAGAGCCUCUGUCGUGGGGAGGGUGUCAAACUGACACCUCGAAGGCAGAAGAGGCUUUUCUGUAGGUACCACCAUGGCAACAGGACGCCGCAGCUGCUCAUCGCCCCCUUCAAAGAGGAGGAUGAGUGGGACAGCCCACACAUCGUCAGGUACUACGAUGUCAUGUCUGACGAGGAAAUCGAGAGGAUCAAGGAGAUUGCAAAACCCAAACUUGCACGAGCCACUGUUCGUGAUCCCAAGACAGGUGUCCUCACUGUCGCCAGCUACAGAGUUUCCAAAAGCUCCUGGCUGGAGGAAAAUGAUGACCCUGUUGUGGCUCGAGUGAAUCUUCGGAUGCAGUACAUCACAGGGCUAACAGUAAAGACUGCAGAAUUGUUGCAGGUUGCUAAUUAUGGAAUGGGAGGACAGUACGAGCCACAUUUUGACUUCUCCAGGAAGAAUGAGCAAGAUGCUUUCAAGCGUUUAGGGACGGGGAAUCGUGUGGCCACAUUCUUAAACUACAUGAGUGAUGUAGAAGCUGGUGGUGCCACUGUCUUUCCUGAUCUGGGGGCUGCAAUUUGGCCUAAGAAGGGCACAGCUGUAUUCUGGUACAACCUCCUGCGGAGUGGAGAAGGUGACUACCGAACGAGACAUGCUGCCUGCCCCGUGCUUGUGGGCUGCAAGUGGGUCUCCAAUAAGUGGUUCCACGAACGAGGGCAGGAGUUCUUGAGGCCGUGUGGAUCAACAGAAGUUGACUGACAUCCUUUUCUGCCUUUCCCCUUCCUGGCCCCACAGCCCAUGUUGUCUUCAAGUUCAACGUGACAGACCCCUCUGUAUGUUCCAGCCCCUGUCAGGAGGGUCUUUGGAGGAGUGAAUGUUUGUCUGGAGCAGAGAGUGGACUGGGGAAGGUCUUGGGUGACCUGAGUCCAAGCCUCUCCAGUCAGCCUGUGCUAUCUCUGGCCGCAAGGGUAGGUUGGAGUGGCUGCAGCAGAAUUGGGCUGUCUAGCACCUAGCAAGGUGCUUUUGUACCUCAGAUGCUUUAGGUGUGAGAUGUUUCAAUGAACCAAAGUUCUGAUACCUUGUUUACAUGUUUGUUUUUAUGGAAUUUCUACUAAUGUGGCUUUAACCAAAAAUAAAAUGUCCCUGCCAGAAGCCUUAAAGAGCCUUAUCUGGAGUGUUUUUUAAGAUGGAGAGCUUUUACCAAGUAGCAUUUCCUGUGCAUCUUCUCUGUGCAGGCAGAAUCUGGGUAGUAUUCAUUAGGCUCUAGAUCUGGUUUUGGCACUUUGUUUUUCCUCUAAGUGUCCUUUCUGGAAGGUGAGAGAGAUGGUCUCUCCUUGCCUUUUGGAGAACACAGAGAUCAUGUGUGUCCAUGAUUGUGAUGCUGUUAUAAUUUGAAAUUUUGAGACAUAUACACAGAAUUGUUUGUGACUCACAGAUGUACAGUUUAAAGAAUGUGAAGGUGAGUAUGAGCUCCCAUGUCACCACCACCCAGGUUAGAGAAGAGAUCAUUUUCAAAUUUACAUCUCAGGAGUCCCUAUGGGUCCCUCCUUGACCUGCCUCCACUACCUCGGUGGUAACCAUUGUCUGGUGAUUUGUAGUAGUUAUGCCUUUGCUUUUCUCCGUAGUUUUACUAUCCAUGCCUGUAUCCCUAAAUAAAUAGUAGUUACUUUGUUUUCUCUGAUUUUGAACUUUUUGUAAUGGAAUCAGAGGAUAUUUUGUUGAGUGGCCUCUUUCAUUUAACAGUCGUUUUUAGGAUUCAUCCACGUUGUCGUGCAACUGCAGUUUGUAUUUAUUUGUAUAGUUCAGUUUUGUUAAUGUAUAUUAUAGAACAAUACCAUAAUAUAGCUGAUAUACUGUUGAUAGACAUUUGAGUUGGCUUCAGUCUUGGUAUAUUAUGAAUAAUGCUGCUGUUGCAUUUUUGUAAGUGAUUCCUGGUGCACAUAAACACAUUUCUGUAGAAUAUAUAUCUAGACAAGGAAAUGCUGAGUGUUAGUAGGUGAACCUUCAACUUUACCAUUUAAUGUAUUCAAGAGCAGUUAUGCACGUUGCCACCAAGAGUAAAUAAGAGUUCUUGUUAUCCCAACCUUCUCCAGUAUCUGGUAUUGUCAUACUUUUGUAUUUUAGCUAGCUUGUUACAAGUAUAAUAUUAUCUAUUUUAACAUGAUUAUUAAUGACACUGAA